AUGGUUCGAUCAUCUUCAGCAGAGCCCGCAAAGAGCUCCAAGCGAAAGGUGGCAACAGGCACCCGAAGCGUUUCUACACUCACACCUUCACAGCUUGCGCGCAAGAGAGCCAACGACCGAGAGGCUCAGCGAGCUAUCAGGGCGCGAACCAAGGAGCACAUUGACCGUCUGGAGCGCGAGCUGGAGGAACUCAAGAGCAAGCAGAGCCGUGACCAAACUGUCCAGGAGCUUUUGCGACGGAAUCAGGCGCUUGAGGAGGAACUGAUGCGACUCAAGGAGAACAUGGGCGUCUCGAUGACCUCCUCGCCUUACUCUGCACCUGGUACGACUCUCUCAGUCACGAUUCCAUGCUCUGCCUCUUCACCAACCUCCAACGGUAUACUGACUGCUCCCUCAGUAUACGACGAUAACCUUAGCUCCGGCAGUGGCGCCAUUCCCAGUCCUCGUGGCUCCCCCUUCCCCUCUGGCGACUACAGCCCCAUCCCGGAUUAUGGACAGCAAUAUGUUCCCCUUCCCAACAACUGCGAGUCAUGGGCCAGCACAGUUCCCUGCCCUGUCCCCUCAAACGUCUCAAGCCCUUCCUCAUCUGCCGAUGAUUACAGCGCCGGUUACAUUCCUACGAGUGUUCCUUCUUCGAUGCUGCCCUCGAACAACACCAGCUCAUCAAACAUUAGCGCCGUUGGCCACAGCCAAAAGGACGUUAUCAAGAUGGAGUAUGAGGAUGUUGACUCUCACGUAUCUAGACGCCGGAUACCGCCUCAGCAACCCUUCUCUGCAGUCCGUGUCUCCCCAUGCCUACAUGGCUCAACACCAGCAGCCCGCUUGGAACAUGUAUCCCGUCUACUACCCCCAGGCCCAAUCCUCGGUCCACUGAAGGACCAAACCCAGCCGGGUGCCUCCUGGCCGGUGCCCGUUCUGACCACUCCGCCAGCCUGUCGCUUCGAUGAGCUUUUGGUCGGCUUUCUACAAGACUGUCGCCGGAUGACUACAGCCACGUCGCUAGCUCAUACUUUGGGCCCUGCCCGGGUAGACGUGCGAUCUGUUUUUCGCAGCCAUGACAGCCAAGGCCAGCUUGUCUGCUCGCCCCACCCCAUUACCGACCUCAUUCGCAAUCUCAUAGAUACUGCGGGCAUGACACGGCUUAUCGAGCGCAUUGCCAUAUUUGCGCCCUUUCAAGCUAUGAUAUGCUGGCUUGUGCAGCCCACAUCAGAGAGGCGCGCGCGUCUGUGCAACGAUUACGUGCCGCGAGAGUGCCAGGCGACAAUUCCACACCCUCAAUGGCUCGAUCUGCUCCACUGGGGCUCUUUGCGCGAAGUGGCUAUGAAGCGACAGGAUCUUUACGCUACGGAUGAGUUCCAGAGGGUCUACUUCGAUGCGCUGCGCCUUGUCAACUGGCCCUACCAACCGCUAGAGAGUCUAGUUACAGAUUCACAGACGGGGCAUGUUGGGCUCACGGACACUCUAAUGGCCCAUGCCAUGAACGGGGCCAGUUGGUGCCUCAAUGAGACCUUUGCGCAACGGUACCCUGAGCUAUCAGGCUUAGUGGUAUUAGAGCAGAGCUAUCUUUGA